AUGCAAAAACUGAAACCAGGCCAAAAACGCAUUUCCGUUCCCUCUCUCGUUUACGGGUUUCACGCCGUUGACCUUGGCAUCAAAAAUGGUGCUGCGAACACCAUUAUCUCCGUUCUGAUCCAAAAGAAGGUUUUCGACAAGGCUUCUACCAAAUUACGCAUAAAUGUCUCACCUGCAGAGGCCUUUCUCUCCACCACCUCCGUCUACAAGAUUGAGGCAGAGACGGAUCACAACCUACGCCCUCUCGUCUGUCUCCGUCUGCGUUCAGGAUGUGUCCCUAAUGUCGCAGCGAACUGCACCACUGGGAGACCGCGAGCACGCCCAAAUCGCCGCGAGGUUAAGGUUGCACGACCCUGCUGCAAAAUGGCAUCACCCAUGCAUGCCAAGUGA